GAAGAGGCCCAAAAAGUCAGAAGUUAAUUUUCUGCCAGAUUUUCCAGAAGGGACAGCUGAAAGUCAUCUUGACAUGGAGAGAUCAGCCAUGGCCAAUGAGAUGAAGAAAAGAAAGAUUGACUGGAAGCAAAUUGGUGAUAUGAUGAAAAAAACUUUUCCUUUACGAAGAAAAGAGAUUGUGGUAGAAGAACCACUUGUGGCAGAAGUCAAAGAAAGAUGGCCAGCCUUGUUCUCUGAGCAGCAGAUUGAAGCAGAAUUUGCUCGCGUGACAUCUGUUAGCCUGAAAGGUUCCCUCUAUGCUGGGCUAGAUCAGUAUCUGGUGAGGUUCCUGGAGCUGUACAAUGCAAAAAGUGGGAUUGUUGGUCUGCAGAGGCUCACAAAAAGUCUUGCUGAUGAUAGCUCCAUACUGAAGAAGAGGACUGUUCUUCUGCUGGGCCUUCCUUAUUUUCUCAAGGAGGAUCCCUCAUGCCUUUUCAAGACUGUGCAGGCUACAGACAAUGAGGAUGUAUUUACAAAGGGAAUGAAAGCUGGCAUUGUGUUGGUGAAAGAAGGAGAAGACAUCAUUGAUGUUUCAGUGGUCCUCGAGGAAGCAGUGUUCCUGUGUGAUCUGAGGGAUGUCCCAAAUGCUGUUGCCAUGCUGAUGGGACUUCUUUUUGCCCUCAACAUCGACUACCCAAAAAAACUGAGGUACACCUUUGAAGUCAUUCAGAAGGUCCUCAUGAACAUUGGUGGAGGACAGUGUUCCUCUCUUGUGCAUGGGUUACGAAACAGACUCCUUCGGACAACUGUUUAAGACUGUGCUCUGAUAACUGCUCUCUGCCUGUUAAAAUUGAAUUUGAUAUUGACGUUUUUAUUUGACAUUUAUUUUAUCUGUUGCACACAUUAUUUUGAAAUUCACAAUUUCUCUUUGGUACAUUACUAAAUGAGCAAACAUAAUGGCACAGUUAGCAGCAGAACUUGUUCAUUAGCAUCUUUGUUCUCAGAGAUUUUAUUCCAAAAGAAUUAGGGCAGUGUACACUAUACAGAUUCAUUCAAAGGUUCUCAAGGAUUUUGAAUGUUGAUACUUUUUCAGUUCUGCAUUGUUUUAACAAAAAGACCGUUGUAAAAAUAUGGUGCCCUGAACUCUGAUGUCUCAUCUCAUGCAUGUCCAUCGGCUGUAAAGUGGGAGAUUCUGAUUUACAGUUUAGGUCUUUUGUUAUGGGGGUGGAUGAGCUUUUUAGUUCUUGUCAAACUUCUGUCAUCUUCCCCUUGUGGAGAAGCACGGUCAACAGGGUUCUUGAUGUGGCCUCUUACUGACUUGAUUUCAUGGAGACACCCUUCUGUGUACAUGUAAAGCCACUCAAGCCAUG